CUUUGUUUGUUUCUGAAACGAGAAGGUCGCGCAUAGCAGUAGUGUGCUGAAGUUUGUACAAAACCAGGCGGUAAUCAUGCUGAGACAGGCUGUGAGACGAUUUACAACAUCUGCAGUUCGUUCUUCACAUUAUGAAGAAGGACCAGGAAAGAACCUGCCAUUUUCUAUUGAAAACAAGUGGCGUCUGCUGGGCAUGAUGGUGCUGUUCUUCGGCAGCGGCUUUGCAUUCCCCUUCAUUAUGGUCAGACAUCAGAUUCUGAAGAAGUAAAAAGACUCAGAGGUUGUUACUCACCCUUUAAGGUUGUCAGCUGGAACAUGUUUAUCCAUGAGAGUUCUAACCGUGCAGAAGAAUGGGAACCAGUUAAUUCUCUUUGUAAAUAAAGUCUCCUAAAUAUGAACAUCUCAA